ACAAAGUCUCAGUCGAGUGGCAGAGAUGGACGAGGAACCGCAUGCCCAUGAAAAGCUGGUGGCCAAGGCAAGGCGACAUGAUCCUGAAACUACCAGCAGUAGCAGCGGUUCGAGCCAGAUCAGUUCCAUAGAGGCAACGAUUGCGGCGGACCCUUCACCCGGCGUGUCAUCAGUGGUCCAACCCUUGACUAUCUAUCUGCUGGAGCCCUUUAUAUUAAUUCUUCUGUUCGCCUACAAUUUUUCCUCCACUGUAUUGAAGAAUCAAAUAAUCUAUCAAAGCUGCACCGCUGGAUUUGGAUACUCGGAUAAGGUCUGCCUGCUUCUGGGCACCAAGAAUGCCACCAACGAAACGAAGAGAAUCGAAGAAGAGGUGCAGCCGUAUGCAGCUCGGGUCGUUGUAGUCAUGAGGAUUGUGGAGUGCAUUAUUCCGGCAUUUUGUGGGCUCUUUGCAGGAGCCUGGGCAGAUCGCUACGGACGCAAGCCGCUCUUGAUGUGCUCCUUUCUGGGCUAUGGCCUGCAGUAUCUGAUUUCAGCUGCCGUUGUCUAUGCAGCCAUGCAGACUCAUGGAAUGGUCAGCCCCUGGUGGUACGUGCUGUCGAUCGUCCCUCUAUCGUGCCUGGGCAGCAGUGUCACCUACUCCUUGGCCGCCGUCUGCUUUAUAGGGGAUGUGUCCGAAGGAAAGGUUCGAUCAUACAGGAUGAUUGCCUAUGAGCUGGCAAUAUAUGUGGGUCUCCUUCUGGGGAGCUUCGGCUCUGGCUACGCCUACGAGGCUACCAAUGCAUACGUUGUCCUGAGCAUAUCCGCUUGCUCCAUUCUCGUUGCUCUCUUCCUUAUGAUCGCACUCCUGCCAGAGAGUCUUCCCAGUAGUGAGCAGAGCGCUUCACAUACUCAGGCUGAAGACAGAGAUGUCCUGGCAUUGCUGAAGGAUUUGUGGAGCAGUUGCAGUAGACACCGCGCUUAUAAAGAUCGUUCUAUUGUGGUCCUAAUUAUGUUGGUCUUGCUGCUAGCGGCCUUUGUCUCUGACGGCAGCAACUCGGUGUUCUACAUGUUCAUGAGAGCCAAGUUCCAUUGGACCGUGAAGGAGUUUACCGAGUACGAGUCGGUCAGCAUCUUGGUGCCUGCUGUGGCUGGCUCUGGCGGAAUGCUAUUCAUUUGGUCCCUGCGGAAGUGCACCAGCUCGGCGGUUCUGUGGCUGGCCAUCGUCUCUCUCCUGAGUCAUUCGACCAGCAGUCUGAUGAAGUCCUUGGCUGCGGUGAGCUGGCAAAUCUAUGUCGCCAUUGCCUUGGGCGUAUUCAAGUCUCUGGUGAAUCCCAUGUGCCGCACAAUAAUCACCAAUCUCCUGCCGGCCGCAGAGAGAGGCAAAAUCUUCGCUCUGCUGGGCAUUCUGCAGACACUAUCGCCACUGAUAUCAUCGAGCCUGUACUUUGCGAUCUACACCCGGACAUUGGACAGUGAUCCGGGUAUAUUCAACCUGCUCAGUGCUGGCUUAUACGCUCUUGGGAUAGUACUCCUCAUUGUUGUGUGGCAAAAAAAGUCAACAAAUCGGGAGUAUUACAAUCCGGUUUUCAAGUGAAUUAAUGAAUCUCUUGUGGUUUUGGGCCCCAGUGAAAUAAGAAAAAAUCUGCCAGUCAUUCCAAACUUUCGAAUAUAAAUUAUACAGAGCUGCUAGCGCCGGGUACUCUCCCUACAUUAUAACCCUACAACAAAUACUCAUCGAUACAUAAUUUCGUACUUGUUUAAAUAUACGAGAUCAACAAUUGAAA